AUGGCAGCACCAGAGAUCCCAACGGAGCAGUGGGCACAGGUCAUCGAAGUGUCGGGCAAGCCCCCCGUGUACAAGAAGAUUCCCGUGGGCAAGCCGGCCGCCGAUGAGGUGCUGGUCAACGUCAAAUUCUCGGGCGUGUGCCACACAGACCUGCACGCGAUGAACGGCGACUGGCCGCUGGAUCGCAAGAUGCCGCUGGUGGGUGGCCACGAGGGUGCCGGCGUGGUGGUGGCCAAGGGCAACUUGGUGAAGGACCUGGAGAUUGGCGACCACGUGGGCAUCAAGUGGCUGAACGGCUCGUGCCUGGCCUGCAGCUUCUGCAAGCAGAUGGACGAGCCGCUGUGCCCGCACGCCACCCUGUCUGGCUACACAGUCGAUGGAACCUUCCAGCAGUACGCCGUUGCCAACGCGGCCCAUGUGGCGCGCAUUCCCAAGCACCUGCCGCUGGAAGCCGUCGCACCAGUUCUCUGUGCUGGUAUCACCGUGUACAAGGGCCUGAAGGAGUCGGGUGUGCGGCCUGGCCAGUUCGUCGCCAUUGUCGGUGCCGGUGGCGGUCUCGGCAACAUGGCUCUGCAGUACGCCAAGGCCAUGGGCAUUCACACCAUCGCCAUUGACGGCGGCGAUGAUAAGCGUGUCAGCACGCUCGCUCUGGGUGCGUCUGCCUACGUCGAUUUCAUGACCAGCAAGGACCUCGUGGCCGACGUCAAGGCCGCCACUCCCGACGGCCAGGGCCCCAACGGCGUCAUCUUGCUGGCAGUGUCGGAGAAGCCGUUCCAGCAGGCGGCCGAGUACGUGCGCCCGCACGGCACCGUCAUCUGCAUCGGCAUGCCGGCCAACGCCUACCUCAAGGCACCCGUCUUCGACACGGUCGUGCGCAUGAUCACAAUUCGCGGCAGCUACGUCGGCAACCGCCAGGACUCGGCCGAGGCUAUUGACUUCUUCGCCCGUGGCUUGAUCAAGGCGCCAUUCAAGGUCGUCGGUCUCACGGAGCUGCCGUCUAUCUACGAGAUGAUGGCUGCAAACAAGGUUGUCGGUCGCUACGUCGUCGACACUAGCAAAUAA